AUUAUAUAGUGAAGGUGGGAAAAAUGGGAACGCGGGGGAACUGUGAUGCAACCGGAAAGGGUAGGCUACUUUAACUUUCACAAUCAAAAGGGCAAGCCACCCCCCGCCACGACACAGGUCGUGCAGAGCAUCUGAUUGUCUUCACUGUCUUCACAAGAUCCUAGUGCCGAUCUGUUUUCAAUAGUUUGGCUGCUGUAUGUCAGAGGAGCGAAGAAAGGACUCUCUCUAAGAUGAGUCUCUCAAAGAAACCGAGUGGAAGAUCAGGCUCACGUGUAUCCAGCUCUGUGUCUGUGAAGAGUGACUGUUCCAAAGGUGACACGCCGAACUUCAGCGAGAAAAAAACAUCAUCUACUAAAGGGCUUCGAUAUGAGACAUUUGGUUCAGAUUUUUUCCAGACUCACAGGAACCACAAGAAUUUCGCAGACAAUCUCCUGCGGAUCUUCCAGGAUCUUGAAAGCAAAAUGUUCGCAUUUCUGAAGAAUGAGCUGGGAAAGUUUAAGAAAAUAUUACAAAAAGAGAACACACAAUCCUUAGUCAAGGACUUUAAUGAGAAUGGGUCCAGUAUCAAUGAAGCAGUUCUUAAACUCACACUAGAAUUCCUGAGAGAGAUGAAACAAGAUGAAGCUGCUGAUACUCUUGAAGAUGAGUUGUUCUACAUCCAUCAACUAAAAUGUUCCCUAAAGAAUAAGUACCAAUGUGUGUUUGAAGGAAUUGCAAAGCAAGGUGACUCCAUACUUCUGAAUAACAUCUACACAGACUUCUAUAUCACUCAAGGUGGCAGUGAACAGGUCAAUACUGAACAUGAGGUCAGACAGAUUGAAGUUUCUUUCAGGCAUCAUGAAUCACAAGAGAUACCAGUUGAAUCCAAAAAUUUGUUCAAAGCACCUGAACAAGACAAGGAGAUCAGAACUGUACUGACAAAAGGAGUCGCUGGCAUCGGAAAAACCAUCUCUGUGCAAAAGUUUGUUCUGGACUGGGCUGAAGGAAAAGAAAAUCAAGAUAUCAGCUUCAUAUUUCCUCUUCCAUUCAGAGAGAUGAACUUAAAGGAAAAAGAAAAAACAAGUUUGAUGGACCUUAUAACUAAAUUUUUCCCAGACACAAAAGGAAUGAACCUUACAAGAAGGAAUAAUUUUAAAGUCCUGUUCAUCCUUGAUGGAUUGGAUGAAUGCCGACUUCCUCUAAACUUUGAGACUGAGACAUGGCAUGACAUAUCGUCACCAGCCUCUCUGGAUGUUCUCCUAACGAACCUUAUCAAGGGAAAUCUGUUUCCUUCUGCUCUCAUCUGGAUCACCACCAGACCAGCAGCUGCCAGUAAGAUUCCUCCUGACUGUAUCGACCAGCUGACAGAGAUACGAGGAUUCAAUGAUGCACAAAAGGAAGAGUACUUCAAAAAAAGAUUCACAGAUGAGAAAAUGGCCAGUGAAAUCAUUGAUCAUAUUAAACAAUCAAAAAGUCUCUUUAUCAUGUGCCACAUCCCAGUCUUCUGCUGGAUUUCAGCCACUGUUCUCCAGAACAUUUUGAAGGAAAAAAGAAAUAAUGACCUGAAAAAAAAUCAGGCUGGUGACACCUCUAAAACACUGCAGGAAUCAAAUACUGAAGACACUCCCAAGACUCUGACACAAAUGUACACACACUUUCUCCGCUUUCAGGUCCAGCAGAGCAGACGAAAGUAUGAUGGAAAAUACGCAGAAGAUGUUCCCUGGGAUAAAGAAGCCAUACCCAUUCUUAAACUGGGGAAACUGGCAUUUCAGCAGCUUGAAAGAAACAACCUGAUCUUCUAUGACACUGACCUGGAAGCCUGUGGUAUUGACGUCUAUAAGGCAUCAGUGCGCUCAGGAAUGUGUACGCAGAUCUUUAAGAAGGAAACAGGGAUAAUUCUUGAUACCAUGUACUGCUUUGUUCACUUGAGCAUUCAAGAGUUUAUUGCAGCCAUUUAUGCACAUCUGUUUCUAGACAGAAAAAAGACAAGUGUGUUUGAGUCUGCAGAACAGGAAAACAAAAAUGAAACCAUGAUUAAUUUUCUCAAGACUGCAGUUGACAGGGCACUUGAAAGUGACAAUGGACACCUGGACCUUUUCCUUCGAUUCCUUCUUGGUCUGUCACUCAAGUCUAAUCGGCAACUCUUACGAGGUCUGUUAACACAGCAAGACGGCAAUGACCAGACCAACAAGGAAAUAGUUGAGUACAUCAAGCAGAAACUCGAAGAUAAUCUGUCUCCAGAGAGAUCCAUCAAUCUUUUCCACUGUCUGAAUGAACUGAACGACCAAACUCUGGUGAAAGAGAUUCAGGCCCACUUUAGCAAAGGAAGUCUCUCAUCUGGUGACCUUUCACCUGCCCAGUGGUCUGCUGUGGCCUUUGUGUUGCUGACAUCAGGGGAGGAGCUGGAGGAGUUUGAGCUUCAGAAAUUCAAGAAAUCAGAUGAUUGUCUCAUUAGAUUGUUGGAAGUCAUCAAAACCUCCAAAAAGGCUUUGUUAAAUGAUUGUAACUUAACAGACAGAAGCUGUUCUGCUUUGGCUACAGUUCUUGGAUCAGAUACCAUUCUGAAAGAGCUGAACAUAAACAAUAAUAAUCUGCAGGAUUCAGGAGUGAAGCAGCUCUGCACUGGACUGGAGAAAAACUGUAAAUUGGAAAUACUGAGACUUUCACACUGCAGUAUCACAGAAGAAGGUUAUAAAGCUCUGGUUUCAGCUCUGAGAUCAAACCCUUCACACCUGAUAGAGCUGGAUCUCACAGGAAAUGAUCCUGGACAAUCAGGAGUGAAGGAGCUUGAUGAUUUACUUCAAGAUCCAAACUGUCAACUGACGACACUGAGGUUUUUGGGUCCUGCUGCAGAUGAAGCCUGUCAAUAUGUGAGAGGAAAAGUGGGUGAAAACCCGUUACUCCUGAGAGAGUUGAAUCUGAGUGAUUGUGAACUAGGAGACACAGGAGUGAAUCAGCUCGCUGCUCUACUGCAGGAUAAACACUGUAAAUUCAACACACUGACGCUGAAUAAUAACAGUAUCACAGAAGAAGGUUGUGCUGCUCUGACUUCAGUUCUUGAUUCAAACAUUUCAAACCUGACAAUGCUGGAUCUGAGUGGGAAUGAACUAGGAAACUCAGGAAUAGAAAAGAUCUGUCAUCUGUUGAAAAAUCCUCAAUGCAGAUUGGAGAAAUUGAAACUUUCAGAUUGCAGUAUCACAGAAGGAGGUUAUAAAGCUCUGGCUUCAGCUCUGAGAUCAAACCCUUCACACCUGAUAGAGCUGGAUCUCACAGGAAAUGAUCCUGGACAAUCAGGAGUGAAGGAGCUCGAUGAUUUACUUCAAGAUCCAAACUGUCAACUGACGACACUGAGGUUUUUGGGUCCUGCUGCAAAUGAAGCCUGUCAGUAUGUGAUUAGAGUUAAGGGUAAAAACCCUUUACUCCUGAGAGAGCUGAAUCUGAGUGGACAUGAACUAGGAGAAACACGAGUAAAUCAGCUUACUGCUCUACUGCAGGAUAAACACUGUAAACUCAAUACACUGACUCUGUGGGAUUGCAGUAUUACAGAGAAACAGUGUCUCAUCCUGACUUCAGCUCUGAAAUUAAACCCAUCACACCUGAGAGAGCUGGACCUCAGUAGGAAUAAAAUAGAAAACAAAGGAAUGAAUCACUUAUGUGAUGUACUGAAGGAUUCACACUGUAACCUGGAGAGAUUGAGGUUAAUACGCUGUGAUAUGACAGAUGAAGGUUGUUCUGAUGUGACUUCAGCUCUAAAAUUAAACUCAUCACACCUGAGAGAGCUGGACCUCACAUGGAAUAAACUAGGAAACUCUGCAGUGAAAAACCUCAGUGAUCUACUUAUGGACCCACAAUGCAAGCUGGAAAAACUAAAUCUGUGUGAAUGCAGUAUUACAGAGAAACAGUGUGUCAUCCUGACUUCAGCUCUGAAAUCAAACCCAUCACACCUGAGAGAGCUGGACCUGAGCAGGAAUAAACUAGGAGAUUCUGGAUUGAAAAACCUCAGUGAUCUACUGAUGAACCCACAAUGCAAGCUGGAAAAACUACCUCUGUGUCAAUGUAGCAUUACAGAGAAACAGUGUGUCAUCCUGGCUUUAGCUUUGAAAUCAAACCCGUCACACCUGAGAGAGCUGGACCUCAGUGAGAAUCAAAUAACAAACACAGGAUUGAAGCACAUAUGUGACAUACUGAAGGAUUCACACUGUAAACUAGAAAGAUUAAGCCUAAUGAACUGUGGCAUUUCAGAUAUUUCUUCUUUAACUGAGUCUUUGACAAACACAAAAGCACUGCAGUUCUUAAAAGAGCUUAAUCUUAUAAACAAUAAAAUAAGAGACUCAAAGCAGCUCAGAGAUGUGAUACAAGACUCAAACUGUAAACUGAGAGAUGAUAGAGAACAAUCACCAGAUGUCUAUGACAGAGAGCAGUCCCCAAAACACUCUGAUGGUUGCUUUAUAUCAUAGUUUGAAAGCAUCAUGAGAGGAGCAGUAAUUAUCCAGUAAUCCACAGAAGGGCUUGUGUCUAUGAGGAGAAAUAAAUGUGUGAUAAAUGUGAAUUUAUACACUAUAAUUUAUACAUGUGUUUUACACUUUUUAUUAUUAUUAUUAUUAUUAUUAUUUGAACAUUAAGGGAACAUUCCAUUUUUAUAAUUUUGGUAAUGUUACGUUCAAUAACAUUAUGGGAAUGUUGAAUGUUUGAAUGUUCUCUGAAUAUUCUAAAACAUGUAACAUUUAAUCCUUAAGGGUCCUUCGGGACAUUUGUUUUUACUUUUUUUUCCCAAGAUAUUGAAAUUGGAUGUUUAUUGUUAGAAAUAAAUGAUUACUCUG